AUGCCUUCACCAACACAGCCAUCACAGCUGCCACGGCGGCCAGCAGCAUCAGAGAUACCGUCGUCGUCGUCGUCGUCGUCCCGAAUACCGGCGCUGCUGAUGCCGUACGUAGCGUCCGGCCCGCUAACACACGACGAGGGCUCCCUCACCGUCAUCACAUGGGUGCAGGGCGCGAGCGCCAACUGGCUGGUGCUGCGGUAUCUGUAUGCCUUGCUAGGUGGAGGAGGAGGAGGGCGCAGCGUGAAGGAGGAAGACGAGGCGGCAGAGGAGGGACAGCAGCCGGGGGUGGUGCUCGUGAGCUUUCUGCGAGAUCAGAGGUUCUGGGGGGAUGGAUGCGCCAAGUUGGGCAUGGAUCUGGAGGUCCUUGGUAGGAGCGGACGCUUCGGCUUUGUGGACGGGUUGACGGGGUCGCUUGGCGGCGAAGGUGGCCCGGCCACGACGACGGAUGGCGUUAAGAAGAGGGUGGACGAGGCGGCAGCGCGUCUCUCCCCGCGGCGGAGGAGGGUGCUGGUCGUGGACGCGCUGGACGCGCUCGUCGCGACGACGGGCAUCAGCGCCUCGGAGGCGGAGAGCCUCAUGAUGCGGUUACGUGAGAAUGCAUACUCGACGCUCCUCACGUUGUCCGCCGAUGAGCCCCUCAUGCGGGCCGCCGUGCGACGACACCAACAGCACCAGCAGGAGCAUGGUGCGGCGACGGGCUUGGAGAGGGAGCAGGCCGCGCUGGUGCUCGGGCAGGCGCACGCGGCGAACCAGGUGGUCUCCCUGCGGCGGCUGGACACGGGCGCGGCGGCGGACGUCAGCGGCGUGCUGCGCGUCGGGGCGGCGCAGGAGCUGCUGUACCACGUCUCGGGCGACGGCGGCGUGCGCGUCUUCGAGAGGGGUGCUUGA